AUGAACCCGACAUCGGACCCGGCUGUCGUCCCAUCCACCACCAAUAAUCACGUGACAGAUUCGGCAACGACAGGAAAGGAAACAUCAGCAGCAGACGGAGGCAGAAGGGACAAUGCAUCUACCACGUCCGACGACAAGGACGACGACCCUCAACCUCCCUUGCCAUUCUCCAAGGCACGAUGCAUCGCACUCGUAGCGACUGUUACGGGGGCAGCAUUGCUCAACACCCUCUCCCUUCAAUCCGUCGUCAUAAUCCUACCAACCAUAGGUAGAGACCUGGACAUACCCGACAGCCGACAGCAAUGGGUGGUCUCGUCGUACGCCCUGGCCUUUGGAUGCUUCCUCCUCGUAUGGGGUCGCAUAGCCGACAUCUACGGCAAGAGGCUCAUCUUUAUUGCCGGGUCGUUCUGGGUCACUGUCGUUUCCAUUGCGAAUGCUUUUGUUCCGAAUGAGAUUGCCUUUGACUUGUUUCGUGGUCUUCAUGGAUUGCCUGACGACGACAAAAAGGGCGCCGCUGCCAAUGUCCCUACCGCGAUCGGUAUCCUAGGCGUCACCUUCCCGCCUGGUCGGGCCAAGAACUAUGCUUUCAGCACAUAUGCGGCCGGUGCUCCCCUAGGAAGCGUCCUGGGCAACAUCGUAUCCGGAUUCAUAGCGCAGUACGCCAACUGGAAGUGGGUGUUCGGCGCCAGCGCCAUAAUGGGCGGGUGCAUAGCAGCGGCGGGCUUCUUCGUGAUCCCGUCGUCGCCGUCGCCGUCGCCGCCACCGCCAGAGACAUCGCCGCCCACCGCGGCAGGCAGGGAGAAGAAGACGGCGUCCGCAUCGGUGGACUGGAUCGGCGCGGUUCUGGUGACGGUGGGGCUGCUCCUCCUGCUGUUCUCCCUGACGGAGGGCAACGUGGUGGGCUGGUCGCGGCCGUGGAUCCCCGUGCUCAUCGUCGUGUCCGUGCUCAUCCUGGCCGUCUUCGUGGCGUGGCAGCACCGUCUGGAGAGGCGCAACGCCGUGGACCCGACCAGCCGCAGGCCGCUGGUCAAGGUGUCCAUGUUCCGCAGCGCGCGCUUCGCCGCCGUCAUGGCGAUCAUGUGCCUCUGCUUCGCCUCCUUCAACAACUACCUCGUCUUCGCCACCUACUUCUUCCAGGACUACCAGGGCCUGUCUCCCAUCCAGACCAUGCUGCGCUUCAUCCCCACGGGCGUCGGAGGCGCCGUCAUCGCCGUCAUCGUCUCCCAGCUCAUGCACCGCGUCCCCACCGCCCUCAUACUCGGAACCGGCAACCUCGCCGUCUCCGUCUGCAACCUCCUCUACGCGGCCCCCAUCCCCGGCGACGCAAACUACUUCGCCCGCGGGCUGCCCGCCAUGCUCCUCGCCGUCGUGGGCGCAGACACCGCCUGGCCGUCCCUCACCCUCUUCACCUCCAGGGCCCUGCCGUCCGAGGACCAGGCCGUCGGGGGCGCCCUCAUCAACGCCGCCGGCCAGCUGGGCCGCGCCAUAGGCCUGGCCAUCAGCACCGCCGCCCAGACCGCCGUCAUGGCCAGCGGCAGGGGCCUCCCCGUCGAGCACGCCGGCGGCCUCCGACCCUGGGAAUCCACCACCCUCGACGGCAUCCGUGCCGCCUCCUGGGUCAACUUCGCCCUCGGGCUGGUGUCGCUGUGCCUCGUGCCCGUCGCCUUCCCGACCUUGGAGAUAAUCGGCAAGCCUCCUCCUCCUGCCGCCGCGGCGUCGACACCGCCUGAGAUGCUCACUACUGCUGGUGAUGUCGAGGACGGUGCUCGGCAUCAUCCUGGGCAUGCGAAGCAGGUUGCCAAGUGA